AUGAGGUACGUGACCCCGGCGAGCUCCCGGGACCAGCAGAACCUCGUGGCGUGUCAGAGCGGCCUCCACAUCUUCUUCUACACCAUCACCACACUGCCACCUGGUACCGAGCUCAUGGUCUGGUACUGCCCCCAGCUGGCCAAACGCUGCAACUACCCUCCACUGGGACGCAUGGACAACCACAGCACCGCAGAGGGCGCCACAGCCCGCUGCACUGUGCCAUACAAAUAA